CACUAGAACAAUAAGGUGUAUGUAAUUAGCAAGUAUAUUAAAUAAUUUACAUGUUAACCUUUGAGCUUGAUUUUUAAUGAAUCUAAUUUAAUGAGAUGAUCACCAAAUAUUUUAUUUUCGUAUUAUAAUAAUCAGAAUAUAAUUCAAUGGAAUAAAUACAAUAAAAAUUUCGAAAUCAAUAGUCAGUGUGAUUUCGGUCGAGUUGUUGACAGCUGCAGAUAACGGGUCUACUACAAAUCUAAACUCAGAACGUUAACCAGAGUUAAAUAAAAAAUAAAUAAAUAUAAUGGCACAGCACAAAGACGAAGUUGUAAUAUCAGGUAUCGGUGGAUUGUUUCCAGAAAGCAAUAAUAUAACUGAAUUGAGCGAUUUGUUAUUCCAAAAAAAAAAUGGAGUAACUAUUGAUUCAAGGAGAUGGAAACCAAAUAAACUAGGUGCAUUAAGUGGAACUGGAAAAAUUAAAAAUAUCGAUACAUUUGAUCCCACAUUCUUCAGGGUUCAUCCAAAACUUGCUAAAGUUAUGGACACAAUGACAAAAAUAUGCUUAGAAAGAUCAAUAGAAGCAAUUAUCGAUGCCGGUUUGAGUCCAGCAGACUUGCAUGGAACAAAUACAGGAGUUUUUAUGGGAUCUGCAAUAAGUGAAACAGAAAUGAAAACCAUGACUCAAACCAAUUCAUCUGGAGGAUCUGUAAUGUUAGGCAUUAGUAGAACAAUGCAAGCAAACCGAAUUUCUUUUCUUCUAAAUUUGACAGGACCUAGUUUUGCCAUGGACGGAGGAUGGAUUUGUGGCUCCGAUGGUUUGAAAAAAGCCAAAGAAAUGAUUGAAAAUGGUUUAUUAUCAUCUGCGAUUGUCGGGGUUACUAAUCUCACACUUCGACCAGAAUUACAAUUCCUAUAUGAAGGUUUGAAUAGAUUAAACAAAAGUAAUCAAACUAAACCAUUCAGUUCUGACGCUGACGGGUAUAACAGAUCAGAAGCUUGUAUUGUUUUUUAUCUUCAAAAAGCUUCUGAAGCCAAACGUGCAUACGGAACAUUGUUGAAUGUAAAAUCAAUGCAGUUUGGUAAUCAUGAUGGGACACUAACCGAGCAUGAUGGAAAUCACUUUAAAUCAUUGCUAUUAGAUUCUUAUAAAGAAGCUGGCAUAGAUCCGGCUACAGUAGAUUUCAUAGAAGCUUACGGAUCGGGAAUUAAGAGUGAAGAUGCUAUGGAAUUAAAUAUCAUGGAAGAAGUGUUUUGUACUGAAAACAGAAAGACACCUUUAAAAGUGGGUUCCGUGAAAAGCAACGUAGGUCACUGUGAAGUGUCUAGUCUCUUUAUGUCAAUUGUAAAAGCCAUCAUUACGCUAGAAAGUGGAUACAUACCACCUAACAUAAAUUACACAGGACCAAACAAUAAUGUAGCAGCAUUAAAAAAUGGAAAAAUUCAAGUAAUAACUGAAAAAACUCCUUUUGUUGGAGAUAUAAUCGGAAUCAGUUCAUUUGGGUUACUAAAUGCAUUUAGUCAUGUAAUCCUUAAAAGAAAUCAGAUCGUUAAUAACUUAAUUGUGGAUAAACAUAAUUCUACCAAUAUGCCACAAUUAAUAUUGGUAUCAGGGCGAAAUGAAGAAAACGUUAGAGAAACAUUAAACCAGAUUAAAAGUCACGGAAACAAUGUAGAGUUUGUGUCAUUGACUAAUGAUGUAUUCACUAGAAAUAUCAAUGGCCAUUUCUUCAGAAGUUUUAACAUUUUCCCUCAGAUGGAUGAGUCACGAAUAGAUGAUGUCUGGAAUAUUAGUUCAAAACGUCCAGUAUGGUUUAUAUUCUCUGGUAUGGGAUCACAAUGGCAAGGAAUGGGUACAGAUCUUAUGAAAAUUCCAGUUUUUGCUAAUGCUAUAAACAAAUGUGAUGUUAUACUAAAACCAAAAGGAGUUGAUAUCAAGAAUAUUUUGACCAGUCAAAAUCCGGAACUUUUUGACAAUGUUCUCAAUUCAUUUGUCGGUAUCGCUGCGGUUCAGAUUGGAUUAGUAGAAGUGUUGAGAGCAUUAGACAUUACACCCGAUGGAAUCAUAGGCCACUCGCUCGGAGAAUUGGGAUGUGCCUACGCUGAUGGUUGUUUUACGGCUGAAGAAAUGCUAUUAGCUACUUACUCCAGAGGUCAAGCUAUUCUAGAAACAGACGUUAUUCCUGGCAUGAUGGCCGCCAUUGGACUUGGGUAUGACCAAAUCAAAGACAAACUUCCCCAUGACAUCGACGUCGCUUGUCGUAAUAGUGCCACUAGUUGCACAAUAUCGGGUCCAGUUGAUAGCAUCAACGAGUUCGUGUCACAACUAAAAUCCGAAGGUAUCUUCGCAAAAUCUGUCAACGUUGCUCGCAAAGCGUUUCACAGUAGAUAUAUUCAAUCUGCUGGCCCGACACUACUUAAAUAUUUAAAAGAUGUGAUCAAAGUACCAAAGAAAAGGUCGUCUAAAUGGCUUAGUAGUUCGUUGCCAGAAACUGAAUGGGAGUCUGACCUCGCAAAAUAUUCUUCUCCAGAAUAUCAUACAAAUAAUCUAUUGAGUAGUGUAUUAUUCGAGGAUGUUCUAAAACACAUACCAAAAGACGCAAUUACGAUUGAAAUUGCUCCUCACGGUCUCCUUCAAGCAAUUAUAAAAAAAGCAUUACCCGAAACAGUAACCAAUAUUCCACUGACAAAGAGAGUAUAUGGAGAUUCUGUUCGAUUUCUACUUACCUCUAUUGGAAAAAUGUAUACUAGUGGAUUAAAUCCCAAAAUAAAAGAGGUGUAUCCAACAAUACAAUAUCCUGUAAGUCGUGGAACACCUUCUAUUUUCGGUUUACCGUUUUGGGACCAUACUGAAAAAUGGUCAGACGGAUUCCUUGAUUUAGUAAAAUCUGGUGAACGCAUAAUUUGCUUAGUACUUGAUGAUGAUAAACAUUUAGCUCAGUACCAAUUCCAAGGGCAGCAUAUAAUACCAUUUUCAUUUAUAUUAUUUAAUGUUUGGAAGACAUUUAUUGAAAUAAACUCUAAAAGUUUGUAUGAAAAAUCGAUUCAAUUUCAAAAUCUUCGGUUCAAAAAUAAUGUUAAAAUACACCCGACCGAUUCCUAUCAUUGUUAUAUAAUGAUUCAAUUGGGAUCGGGUCUUUUUGAGUGCGAUGUGGACAAUGAGGUUAUUUUAUCGGGUGAGAUAAGAAUUUUGAAUAAUAUAGUCUCAGGUUCAAACGAAGAAAAAUCAAUAAACUUUGACAACACAACUGACAACUUACUUUGCAAUGUGUCAGAAAACGAGAUAUAUUCAAUUUUAAAGAAUAACGGAUUCAAUUUAGGAUUCAAAAACAUCACAAAUUUAAACAUUUAUAAAAAUAAUAUCCAAGGUUCCGUAAAAUGGGAAAACAAUUGGAUUUAUUUUUUGGAGUGUCUUUUUAAGUUUCCGUUUUUGGACCAUUUAGGCACAGGGCCCAUAGAAAUUCCAGUUUAUAUAAGGGAAAUGUUUAUAAAUCCUGCGUUAUUUGAGAAUCAUUCAGAGAAAGAUAUAAGCGUCAAUUACAACAAACUAUCAAAUGAAGUAACUUGUGAUGGAAUUAAAAUAUUAGGGGUUAAAAACGCACCGAUAUCAUUACCCAUACUUAACUCUGUGGUAGUCAAAGUACAAGAAAAAUCCUUUACUAAAUUCAACAACUUAAAAUGCAAAAACCUCAGAGAUUUCGUUGUAGAUUCUAUGGAUAUAAUAAUGGAGACUGAUAAAUCAAACCUCGAAACAAGUGGAAAAAUUAUUCUUAGUACUCCAUAUCAUUACGACGAUCUAAUAGCUAAAUCAUGUACAAAUGAAAUCAAAGAAAUUGUGGAAAACAAAUUUUCUAUGAAUGCAAGUGAAUUAUGUUAUAAAAGUAAAACAAUAAACUGGGAAAACAUUAAGGACGUAUCAGAUGUUGAUGAAUCUGCAAGGUUUAUCACCGUGUCAAAUGUAAACUAUUUGCAAGAUACAAUGAGAGCAUUAGCCAAUAAAAAAAAUAUUUUUAUUAUUGUAUGUUCCUUGAAAAAACUUCAAGAACCCAAAGACUGGAAAAUAAUUACACAGCAGGAAUUCGACAAUAACAGCUGUUUAACAUUGAUGAAAAAGAUUAUAAGGUUAGAGGACAAGAGCAUAUUUAUUAAACCAACCAAUGAUAAUUAUGACUUGAGCAUUUGGAGAGCAUUAGAGACAAAUAAUUCAUCAAAUGGUAAGAUUUAUAUAAUUUCAAUGUCUGAACCAUUAGAAGGCAUCUCCAUUUAUGUUAAAGAAAUGUUGCAUAAGUAUAAAUCAAAGGAAUUAAGAUUCUUGUUUAUUUUGGAUACAAAUGCACCAAAUUUUGAAUCCAAUAAAUCUUUUUAUGCACAUCAACUAUCGAAAGAUUUAUUAGUAAAUAUAUAUAAUAAUGGUGAUUGGGGUUUUUACAAAAGUAUUGAUCUUCAAGAUAUAAAAGAUGAUAUAAAAGUCAACAAAAAUCUAGUAUUAAAAAAUUUUAUUAUAAAUAAUAAAAACAAAUUGACAGUUAACUAUUUAGGGUUGAAUUUCAAAGAUUUAGUUCUUGACGAAAACACCGAAAACGAUUUCGGACCAUUUGAAUACUCGGGGCAUAUCAACAACAAAACAACUAUAGGAAUAGCCUCGAUCAAUAAAAUGUCUUCUCAAAUAAUUUAUGACCCAGUAUUAUCAUGGCCUAUACCGUCGGCAUGGUCACUACAAGAAGCCACCACUGUACCUCUAGCUUAUGCCCUGAGCUAUUAUGCGUUGAACAUAUUGAGUACCCUUCAAAAGGAUAAAACUGUUUUAGUAACCUCGGGGUUGAAUCCAAUAGGUCAAGCGGCAAUUUCGAUAAGUUUAGACAUGAAAUGUCAGACUUAUGUCAUAGUAGACUCAGACCAACAAGCUGAACAACUAUCUGUUACCUUCCCUCAGCUAUCGCGAUCAAAAAUACUAAUAAACAAAAACAACACAUUUGAUGUUCAUUUAAAAAUGAUAACAAAGUCCAAGGGCAUUGAUUGCAUAUUGAACUUUUUAAGUGGUGAAUCAUUUUAUGCUGCCGUUCGUGCAUUAGCUGCACACGGAAAUUUCUUCAAUUUUUCAAAAUUAGAUAUGAAAAAACAAAGAUAUUUGGGAUCACGAAUAUUCAAUUUUAGCACAUCGUUCUUUUCAAUUGGUUCAAGCAGAUUGUUAAAUGAAAAUAUUGAAAAUAAACAAAUUUUACAACAAGCAUUCAUAAAUGGUUUGAAUAAAGGCGUAAUAAAACCUUUUCGUAGUCACGUUGUAACUACUUUAUCGAGUGGUAAUAACUUGUUUGACACAAUGAGAAUUAACGCUUCGUCGAUUACGUAUAAAAAAGUGUUAUUGUCCAUAAACGAUAAUACCAAAGAUAACGACUGUUCUAAGUUAAACGAAAAAGUUGAAUGUAAUAUGUAUGAAUGUCAUCAUGAUAAAAUUUACCUAAUAGUUGGAAACAGAGGAGAUUGGUUAGACCUCGCUGAAUGGUUGGCUGAACGAGGGGCUAAAAGAAUUAUGAUCGUCGUUAAAAGGUGUUCAAUGUCAUCGACUGUUUGUAGGAGAUUUGAUCAACUCAUCUCCCGGAACGUAUCAAUACAAAUCGAAUCAGAUUUACAUUUAAAAACUAAAGAGGAGUCGCUUAACUGGUUAAAUUAUUUAACAUCAUCUAAAGAGUUAGGUGCAUUAUUUAUAGUGAAUCAGUCUAACGAUAGUAAAAUAAGUAAUCUACGAUAUUCUUUCGAAAAGCUUAAGAGUAAAAUAGCUGCUACUCCAUUCAUAUGUAUAUUAAGUAAAGCAGAACAUAUUUGUGCCGAGCUUAAAUCUAUAGGUUUUAAUGCAUUAAACAUAUCAUGGGACGGGCCGUCUACAGAACCAAAAAAUACAGAAACAAUUUUGGCGUCUCUAGAUUUUCUUCUACAAAAUUCAAAUACUUCAGAGUCAUAUUCAUUUAUAUGCUCUAAGGAAAACAACAAUACAUCAAAAUGGUCUUACCAAAUGAACGAUCUGAUUGCAAAUUUUUUCCCCGAAUCUGCUAAUGAGUUACACCUUCUGAAUAAGAAAAUUGCAAAAGAAGCCGGAUUUAUCGAAGUUGCUACAAGAAGUCCGAGGUUAUCACAAUUGAAGUCGGUGUCACCUGUGUUUGUUAUACCUGGAUUAAAACCAAAAUCUAUUGAAUCAUUUUAUAAACAAUUUUUUUAUCCUGUAUUUGAAGCACAGUAUCCUGAAGAUAUUACUUCAAUCGAUAAUUUAGCUGAAACUUUAGUGAAUAAACUCAAAAGCAUCUCGGAUCAUGGUUACGUGUCCAUUAUUGGAGAAUGUUGGGGCGGGAUUAUCGCUCUAAAAAUAGCUCAAAUAUUGGAAGCACAAGGAAUAUUAGUCACUGUAACAUUACUAGAAUUUGACUCAGAAUUUUUGACUGGAUGGGCUCAGCGUUUUCGGUCAAAUAAUGAUUUCGCCAUGCGGUUAAAUGUAAUGUUUAGUUCAUCGUACACUGAGUUUACUAAAUCUAAAGUUCAAAUUAAUGACAGUAAAAUGCAGUUGAUUGUGUCUUAUCAUCAAAAAAUACUUGAAGAAAACACACAAAGAGCAUUAAACCUUAUUUGGUCAUUAUUACGGAUAUUUUUAGAGUCCAAGCCUCAGUCAAAUAGAUUGCAUUCGAAGGUGUUGAUAUUUAGAUAUGAACGGAAGUUUGAAUUUAAUAGAACAAAUUUAAAUGACUAUUGUAUUAAACCACCAGUUUUAUCCAUUAUACCUAAGCCAGAUUAUAAAAGUAUGUUAGAGGACAAGAGAACGAUUGAUGCUAUAACAAAGAAUGUAACACAUUUGUAUCCAGUUGGAAUAGAAUUAUCAUUGAGUGAGAAAUAUAAAAAUGUUUACUUUAAUGCUGAUAAAAUCUUCAAUACAUAAAUCUUAUCACAAA